AUUGUGAAUCCACAGCUGCUUGCACAAACACCAAUCUGAUCAGGACGAGACGGAUCACCAUUUGCACAGGUGACCGGACCAGCCCAGGAUAUUGCCUAUUGCAGUGACAGCAGAAAGACACCUAGUCCGUCCUAUCUCUCUCAGACACAGCCAAAUGUGUUUGUGUGGAUGCCCGGCAGGGACUGAUCCAAAAUGUCCCAAACUGAGCAUCAUCAGCAGGAAUCAGAGCCUCUUGCUCCAUGUUUAAACCCUGGUAACCCCGUGUUCUCCUGCACACUGAAAUCUUUAGCCAUCUCAGAAACCAACCCCCAAAGUCUCCUGUACAGAACCUCAUCCAGCGAGUACGGCUCCCGCGCACCGACCUUCGAGUCCUCACCGUGUGCUUAUUACCCGGUGUCUCAGGCCUUCUCCGAACAUCUGGGAAUGUGUGGCAUGUCGCGGGACUCCUCGUUCAACACCAGCCUGGACCGCAGCAGGGUGUCCGACCGCCUCUACCUACACAACACCUUCUGAUGGGAGCGCAGACGUCUCGAUGUUGUGAUGACUCUACAUGUUCUUCAAGAUGCCACCAGCUGCCUUCGACUUUCUGAGUCUUCAAAUGUUGAUUUAGACAGUGUGACCUGCCAUUGUAAGAAUUAUAGCAUCGACGUCUUUUUUUCAUUCGAUGCAAAAUGUCUUGAAACUGCAUUUAGAGGUUAAUGGGAAAUAAACAUUUUAUUUUUAGUCCCAGUAA